GUCCUCCGGGGCCCGUAGAGAACUGUUCGAUCACGAACCAGACCGAGGGAUCGCUACAUCUUGAGUGCCAGGCUGGCUCGGACGGACACCUGCCUGCGCACUUUGUGCUCUCCGUGCAUGAUGUAAUGACAGCCACUGUGUCUGCUAACUUCACUGCCGACAAACCAGACUUUUGGGUCCACGACCUUCUUCCGGGCGUAGAGUAUUUCCUAGUGGUAUCAGCCGUGAACGAGCGUGGCCGGAGUCCCGAGCUCACCAUUCUGCCACCCAUCAUGCCUCUAGUAGGGAAGCUCACCAAGUCGGGAAGUGCUGCGAAAAUCUACUCGAACAUCUUGCUCAUCGCGGUGGUCGUGGGUGUGGCUCUACUCUGCCUGCUGCCACUCAUUGUGCUCGCGGCGGUGAAGCUGAGGAGAAGUGAUUUCUUCAACAAGAGUCGCGUGACCAAAAAGGACGGUACGGAGAGUGACGCGUGCCCAUCUACAACAACCGCAAGUCCACAAGAGGCCAUGCAGCUCCAAAUAUCGUCCGUUUACCCGAAGGAAGACAACCAAGUUUGGAUCGUUAAGAAGAGCACCGGCCUAUGAGCAAAUUACGUGCUGCAGCCACACUGUCCUCAGCCUGCAAAUUGACGCCAUGCAACGGCAGCCGGAUACAGGCAGACCGGAGUGCCAUAUCUCGUCAAAUUUUUCGCUUUCAUUGACACUGUGUAAUCUGUGCAAGAGCGGAAAUCAGCACCCGUAACAUGUUUGUAUUCAAGCAUAAAAUGAAGAAACCCCACGUUUCAAGCUGCGCUCUCCGAAUAAUUUGCCAGAACAAGAUUCGUUUAUCGGGAAUUUCGUAUUUUUUGUGUUUUUCUUUUCUCGAGUUCUAACACAAAAAUGAACGCAUAGACACUGUUACGGACGUGCUCACGACGGGUUAUGGACGGCAUGAACGGCGUGAAUGACGGCUUAUGAUCAGUGAAAGUGGACAUUUUGCGAAGCUGUUGCUGUGGUGAUUGGUCACUCUAGACGCGCUCGUUUAUUUGAAACUUCCUUCCCGUGUGUCCGUUUCUGCAAUGAACGGAAUUAACAAGUUGCAACGGUGCCCUGUCAGCGAGGCACCGCACCUGCUCAAGUGUGUGUGCCGCCAGUGAAUUGGAAACAUUUGUGGAGUGCUCCGAAGAGUGGUCCGCGAGUGAUGCUUCAAACACUGUGCCGUGUGCAUUCCCAGGUCGUCGGAAAGAGAUGUGUUCGUGUUUGAAAAUUCAGGGACUCGGACACGUUGAAGCUCUUCUCCUGAACGACCGACAAUUUAUUUUGUACAUACAUGUGUCAUCAAUCACAAGUGACAAGGACACAAAGAUACUCAUAGACUCUUGCGGCGGGUUGGAUAAGCUCUCGUUGUCAUGUUAGAAAACGGAAGAAAGAAGAAACGCUUCAUCACGUGCGCUGCUCACUGGGAAAUGUGUCAUCUACAGAAACGAAGGUGGAUGAGUUGGAAGUGUAUAUGUGAAGAAAAAAAACGCGUAAUCACAAGAUGUGAAACGUAAGGCAAGAAGAUUACUGACGCCGUCAAAAGCGGUAAAGUCAACUGAAAGGGAAGCUGUGCCAUGAUUAACAAAGGUCAUCGCUUGUGCGGUAUGGCUCAUGUCGGACGCUUAAAAAUGGUUCGGGAGAUGUUAUUUUUAUAUGCCCAGCGAUCUCUGCCCUCUUCAACCUGCUAUGAUCUCUGAAGCUUGUCAGACUAUUUUGCCUGAUCGCAGUAGGCAACUAAAUUUCAGUGUGCCCCUUCUUUCGUCAUGAGUGUGCAGCCAAGUAUGUCAAUAUUUGCCGUUGAAACAAGGAGGACAAUGCCGUGACUGUCUUCACCACGUUAUAGUUAUCGUUACAUGAGCGUGUUUAUCGUUAGAUUGUUCCCAUGAUGUGCAACCUUUAAAAACCGAGGGACGCGUACGGAAUGGGGGAGACUGAACGUGAGAAGGAAAGUAAUAAGAAGCCGUGUCGUGUGUCCAGAAAUAUGUGUGUGUCCUUUGCACGGGAGUGCGACUGCUUAUUGUGCCGGAUACACGCGUAUGUAAUCUAUACUACAUUUCUACGCAGCAUGUGCUACACAUGCUCGUUCUCACCUGCCUAUCUUUAUGUUUGGUUUAUUGUUGAAAUCGUUGAAAAUAAAGCGCAAGUUGACUUUCAGA